UAAAGCUGAUCCUUUAUCGUAUGCUUCACGUGCAUAUAGAGAUUAUUUAAUCGGACAUUGUUUACGUAUUUUAACCGGUACUGUUGGAGAUGCUCAUUUAUCUUCAAUAUUAGAAUAUGGACAAACUAUUAUGGCUUCUGCUGGAAUAGAUGCUGGACUUUUAUGUACUGACAAAGUUACAGUUACACAUUGCGAAGAUGAAAUUGGAUUAUGGUGGGGAGCAGUUAUAUAUGUAGCAGCAUGUUGGAGAUUGAAAGAAGACGAUUCACAAGCAUGGAGCAUUGUUGAAAGCAAAUUUCCUUAUGAAAAAUGUUAUCAACUUUGCAAUAAUAAUAAUAGUAUUAGUCCACUACCAUAUAUUGUUUUAAAUGCUUUGCAAGCAGCAAAAGCGACUACUAAAUCAGUCUCUAUGCGUUUUAUUGAUCAGGCAGGAAUAUUGCUUGAACAAUGUUUGGUUUAUUAUAAUUGCAAGCAACAGUCAUCCCAAAACGUUUUGCUUACUCAAUUGUGGAUUUGUGAUUGGUUACUUGAAAUGCGAACUACACUUUGGCAGGAAUUAGAUAACGAUUUAGAAAAAUUAACUACAAAUAUAUCUCUUGGAGGUUUUCAACGUGAUUUAGCUUGUUUGAGACAAUUAUGUCAACAUAUUCCAUCUACUUUAGCAAGAGUAUUUGUUUAUGAAGCCACAACACGUAUAAUGGCGGGAGCAACACCAGUCAAAUAUUGUUAGACCGUAGCUUACAUCACAGAAAUUCACGUUCUUCAAUUAUCUGUGGAAAAGAUCGUUCACAAGAUCAAUAUACUGGAGAAAGAGAACACGCGGUAGCUUUAUGUUUAGCUUGCCGACAUUUACCUCCACUAUUAUUAGCCUAUCCUGGAGAACGUGCAG